AUGGACGAUCGAACUCGGUAUAUACCCUCCCAUACUGGGAGACAUGUGCUUCCCAAUUUGCCCUUUUUUCACAAAUUACUUCGCUUCGCCCAACGCAGACCUCCUCGUGUAGCUGUACGAGAUGUGAAUGCAGGCCUGGAAAAGACCUACCAGGAGGUGGUCUCGGAUGCCCUUGUUUUGCGAGAAGAGUUGGCCAAGACACUGUCAUUAGAGACUUUGAAUAGCCUGUUCCGGGACGAAGAAGUCUUCGUCGGGCUAUUAGCCCCGGGAGGAUAUGAGUAUACCGUGGGAUUCAUUGCGAUUUUGUCUUUAGGUGCUGCAGUCGUACCGCUUGCUUCUGGGCUUCCAGUGGUAGAAGCUUCUUAUUUCCUCCACAAGGCUCAAUGUGUGGCCUUGCUGGUUAGUGAGACGAACGUAUCCCUCGGUCAAUCUAUCAUACGUUCCCUAGAAGAAGAGAAGCAUUUUCAUCUCCCAUGUCUACCAUCAAUUGCAUCUUUCUUCUCGUCUCAACCUACUUCCGCCGACGAGAUAGUCGUUUCGUCCAACCGGAUGCUCGAUAUGAAUGGCGCAAGUGCGGUCAUCUUCACCUCGGGGACAACUGGUCCCCCCAAGGGCGCGGUCCAACGACGUACCUGGUUGACAGGCAACGCAGAGGCCGACGCAGACUUCUACCGCAUCACCGAGCAAGAUGUCGUGCUUCAUGUCUUGCCAGUUCAUCAUGCCUCCGGCGUAGGACUGACUUUUCUUCCCUUCAUCAUUGCUGGCGCUUGCAUUGAGUUUCGAAGCGGCAGCUUCGAUGCCGCAUGGACGUGGGAACGUUGGCGGCGUGGUGGGCUGUCCUUUUUCUCUGGCGUUCCUACAAUAUACAUGCGACUGAUGCGCUAUUUUGAAGAGGCAAUUGCCUCACGACCACCCGAGGAACGUGUUGAAUAUGCCGCUGGGGCGCGUAACAUCCGCACGAUGCUCUGCGGAUCAUCAGCGCUUCCUGGUCCAGUUCAAGACUUCUGGGAGAACCUGCGACAACUGCCCAUUCUCACACGCUAUGGAGCUACAGAAUUCGGGACAGUCAUUAAAACAGACUUGGAUCCCUCUGGAACUCCACGCAACAGUGUGGGUCGAGUGGUUGAGUCAGCUUCUCUUCGGCUCGAGGAUGAUGGCCAUCUCCUGGUGAAAUGUCCCUAUAUGUUUUCAAAAUAUCUUCACGAUGAAAAGGCCACGAUCGAGGCUCAUGACAAAGACGGCUAUUUCAAAUCCGGGGACAUUGCCCGUCGCGAUGGUACGUAUUACUUCAUCCUAGGGCGCGCUUCCAUCGACAUUAUCAAAUCGGGGGGCUACAAAAUCUCCGCAUUGGAUAUCGAGCGAGAAAUUCUCGGUCUUCCGUAUGUCGCCGAAGUGAUGGUGGUGGGAAUACCAGACGAAGAAUUCGGACAGAGAGUAGCGGCUACUGUCAGUCUGAAGAAGGAAUCUGGCGGCAGCAGCAGCAGCAGCAGUCGCACUCGAACGGAACUUACUCUUCAGGAGUUACGACAUGAUCUUCGCACGAAGUUGGCUGGCUACAAGAUGCCAACAAUCCUGCGGCUCGUUGAAGGUGAGUUGCCUAAAUCGGGCACUGCCAAGGUGCAGAAGAGAAUUUUGGGUCCCGCCUAUUUUCCACCCAAUUUCCGCGAUAUUCCGGAGGUCCAGGUGUGGCAGAGUGACAGCAAGUCGAAGCUGUAG